UUGCUGCAGCACGCCGGCAAAACACGCUGAAAACACAGCUCAACCACGCAGUAAUUACAGCAACAGGAUGCCGUGAGAUCAGACUGGGAGUUAAUGAGUCGAUAUUUGUGGUAUCAGUGUAGAUGAGGGCAGCUUUAGAGGCAGCGGACAUGUGUGAUCAAACUACUAACUGGAUCCUCCAGCAUCCAGCGUAUCAGCAGAUGAAGGAUCUGGAGGUCGGAGACAGCGAGCAGCUCCAUGCAGCCUUUCUGGUCUACAUGGAUCUGACUGAGGUCCGUCGGUGGAAAGAGGUGUCUUGUGUGAAGAGUCCUGAGCUGCAGAUGGUUUUACUGGAAGCGAAGGAGAAGGAAGGAGCACCUGUUCAGACCAUCUUUCCGCUGCCAGUUCAUCGAUCUCUGAGCCACAGAAGCAUACGUCAGGUGCUGGACAGAGGUUUUCCUGUGCUGCUGUGUGCUGUAGCAGCUGACUCCACCCUGGUCUACCAGAGGAUGACUGACGGACUGGUGACACCGGACCCUCCUGCAGGACCUUUUCAGGAUGUGGGACGUCGGCAGCACCGGAAGAGACGGCAGCAGCGCUGAGCAGCUGAUGGUGAAGAUGAUGAACCAUAGAGGAGAAGAAAGGAUGAGGUGACAGCCGAGUGGUCAGUCUGUGCUUGUGAGCUACUUCUAAAAUCAGCACAAAGAUGCACUGUCACUGUGGAGCUCCCAUAUGGAGAUGUGUCAGCACCCCUCCAGGUGGUAUAUGUGGCUGUUAGGUCCACCCUUGUUAGUCCCUCUCACUAAGAAACCAAUGGCUACAUCGAACCAGUGAAGGGGAUAUCAACAUUUUUUACCUUAGUGACAUCUGGAAACAAAAGCUGUGACUUAUCCUCUGCAUGGCUGAAGAAAAAAGAGCAGAUAUGUGUAAACUGAAGAAAUAACAUUAUUUUUAAAGUUUUUAUUUUUCAUCUCUGCAAUUCUGUUAAAUUCUUGUGACACCCUGGAGGGUACUGCCGUGUUUGAGAGGCUUGUUGUGACGUAUGCAAACAGGAAUAUAUUCACCAAACACUACUUUAUGUGGUCUGAUGCCUCCCACAAAAUCAUAGACUAUAUAAAAAAAGCCUCCAGGUCUGAAAUGUGAAGCCAUAAUGGAAAUGCCUUAAAUCUGCAUUCUUUCUAACAGCCAGCAGGGGGCUGAUGCUACUUCUCAUUUAAUUUGUUACUUCAGUAAACAUUUUCCAAA